UUUUUUUAGUUAAAAGUUAAGAGACGGGCGCUAAGAAUCCCACCUUAAGAAUCCUCUAAUAAUCAUACUCUAAUUACUAUUUAGGAGUCAAACAAACAAGUGUCCAAUUCAAGUCUAAAUAGUGAAAAUUAUAUUACAAUACAUAAAAUAAAAAUACAAUUGCAAGAAGAAACAAAAAGAAAAAUAAAAAAGGAUCUUAACGCAGUCAAAGUUUUUUUAGCUUUAGAUAUUUAUUUAUUUUUUUAGAUAUUGAAUUUGUAAAUAAUAAAAAUGAAUAAACAUACACACAAGAAUAGUUACUUCGGUAUUUGGAUGUAUAUAUUAGAAGAAGCAAACCAGUCUCUCCUCACAAGUCACAACUAUUCCUACUCUCUCACACCCCUAAAUACAAAACAAAACUUCUUUAUAAUCUUCCGACCAAAACUUCUCUCUCUCUCGUAUUACAUUUUCAUUCCUUUAGAUGCAAGACUCUUCUCUUCCCCAGCCGGAACGUAAUCUCCGGUCACCGGCGCCGGAGAAAACCUUAAGCAGUUCAAAAGCUAAAGAUGAUCAAAAGGGUGUUUCUAAGCAUCCAAAUUUUCGUGGGGUCAGAAUGAGACAAUGGGGAAAAUGGGUGUCUGAAAUCAGAGAGCCAAAAAAGAAAUCAAGAAUCUGGCUCGGCACUUUCUCCACCCCGGAGAUGGCGGCGCGUGCACACGACGUGGCCGCUUUAGCCAUCAAAGGAAGCUCUGCUCACCUCAAUUUCCCGGAGCUCGCUUGCCAUUUGCCGAGACCGGCAAGCGCCGAUCCGAAAGACAUUCAAGCCGCCGCCACAGCUGCCGCCGUUGAGUGGAAAGCACAGGAGUCUCCGUCAAGCAUGGUGACUUCAUCGAUGACGUCAUCUUCACCCGCGGACGAUGCUUUCUCUGACCUCCCUGAUCUUUUGCUAGACGUGAAUGAUCACAAAGUUGAUGGAUUCUGGGACUCGUUCCCGUACGAAGAACCUUUCUUCAUGGAAAAUUAUUAGGACGGCAAAUUCCGGCCGGCGAAUGAUUUUUCCGGUAGUGAUGGGACAUGGUGUCGUUAAGUAAGUUUUGUCUUUAUGGGGAUUUUUUUGUUUUCUUUCUUUUACGUGGGAGUGAGUUUCCAAAUGUGUGACGUGUAAGUAAAGGUAUCCGGUUAAUUUUUUUCUUUUCUUUUUGUACAAAAACGAACGUGAUUAACAAAAGGUUUUGUUUAUUGCGUUAUUAUUUUCCAAACCCUUGAAUAAUUUGGGUGGGUAAAUUUUCUUUUUGGGCAUUAUUUGGGUGGGUAAUUUAUGUAAAGAACUACGAUACAAAUAUCUCGUAUACAAAUAAAUAAAUGGUAAAUUCGUAGCUAACAGAAA